ACGCAUUAAUCAGGUAUACGUUAAUCCUUUCAACAAAUAAGGUAAAAAAGAUAUAGCUUAAAAUAUCCAAUAUUCAAACGACAGACAACAAAAUUUCUCAUUAAUGAAUAAUAUUAUCAUGCAUUACAUUAAAAGUUGGAAUUUUAUCGGGUUUAUUGAAACUUUUAAGAACCAUAUUUGACAAUAUAUCCCAGGAGUGUAAUAAACUUUACCUACAGUAGAUAUCGAACGACAUAAGCGAUUGAAUGUUUGGUUUCUAUGCGCGUCUUUAGAAAUGUGUACAUGGAUAUAGGUGGUUCAAUACGUGAAGAGAAUAAUAUGAUAUUAAUGUUAACUAUGACAAGACAUAAAUCCAUGGAGUAAACAAUAUGACUGAUCAAAUCAGUGAAAAUAUAGUUCCCGAAAACGGGACUGCGGAGGAAGUUAAUUUAACAGCUGUGGACCCGGAAAAGGACGAACAACAACAAGGCACCGCUCCUCAAUCGGGAGACGUAAACAAUAAUAAGGAUAACGUAAACGGGGAUAUGGCAGUGACGGGGGCUGAAAACCCGAAUGCUCAGACGGAAGAAGACGCUGGAGAGCGUUCCGGAAGUCGUGACAAAGAAAACACAGGUGGUAAUCACCAGCAGCAACCGGAAAAUGGUGUUGGGAACGCGGAUGCGGGAGAAACUUCUAAUGUAAACAUUCAUGGUGAUAUUGAAGGAAAGGACCCUGAAGAUAUAGAUCAGUUCGAUUCUGUAUCAAAUGCUGUUUCUCACCAUGGAAAGCAAGAAAAAAAUCCACCGACCUCUAAACGACAGGAAGUUAUAAAAUUACCGAAUACAGACCAAACGCCGUCGCCGGCAUCUCAUCCUCAGCAGACACCGUCAGGACAGCCAUCGCAAAAACCAAAGAAAAUAAAGAAAAGUGUUUUUGUGUCUUAUUCACCGGAUGCGGGUUUUGUAGAAAGAAAAUUUGUUGUUGAAACAAUCAAACAGCUGAAGGAAAAUAAUCUAGCUGAGGAUAUAUGGUUUGACAAGGAUGAGGGAAACACGGGAAGUCCGUGCUGGUUUUCAUUGAGAAUGGAAGCAGUUGAAAAAUGCCGGGCGGCUAUUUUGUUUUUGUCAGAUAAUUACUUUCUAUGUCCCGUGUCAGUGUACGAAGGUAAGACCUUGCUAGAACGGACUAAAGCUAAUCCCCAUUCUGUUGCAAUAUUUCCUAUCUUGUUCAGUUCGAUACAAAAAUCAGAGCCCCCGAAAGAAUUUAUUCCCAUGAUGAAACAAGCUGUAGACGUGACAGGAGAUUACUCUAAAUUAAGUCUAGCCGAAAAAACUUCAGUAGUGAUCGGCACUAUCAUGGAGAGCUUGGAAAAAUACGCGUUGAUGAACCUUCCUUUACAAAUAACUUCUCUGGACAAUGAAUUCACAGGAAAUUAUAAGAAAAAGAAAAUAUGCCAGUGGGACACUAGUGACUUACAAGAGUGGUUAUAUAAACUUGGGAUCAAAGAAUUUUACCGACAGAGUCUGGCGGAAAAUAUGGUGGAUGGGUUUUUAUUAAUGUCACUCACAGAUCACGACAUGAUUAGUCAACUAGGUAUAGACAGUAGGGUGGUCAGGAAGAAAAUAAUGCAGAGUAUUUUGUUGACUUUGGACAAAGAACACAAGAUACCCGACAACUGGCACCUGCGGGCUCGAUCCCAGCGACCUAAACCAGACGUUGUGUAUAUGAUUUACGACCCGGCGGACGUUAGGCUCGCACAGAAUAUGAAAAUGGAUCUGAGGAAGAAGAAUCUGCAGUUUCCAAAGGAUGGCAAGGUAAUUCACCACGACAGUAUAAAACUGGGAAAAUCGAAAGAAGAGUUUCUCGAGAUUAACGGUCCCCAGAUGGCGACAGCGACCCACGUGGUUGUCUUAAUAACCGAAGCAGCUUCGUCAUCACCGUUCGUGUUUCACGAGGUCUUAUUUGCCGACUGGCUGGGCAAGAAGCUUGUUUCUGCCGUCUUCAAAAACAUUUGGCCGACGUUAAGACCUUCACUCAAAGCUGUUUUAGGUGACUGUCCAGCAAUAGAUUUUGAGACGAAGAUGUACAACGAGAGUCUGGACGUGCUCGAGCACCAUAUCAAGCCGCUCCGUCGGGUUCCUGGCGUCGUGUUAGAGCAAGCAUACCUUAACAAAAUGGCGGAUGGGCUGAAGCCGCUAGAAGCACUGGCAUACUCAAGAAAUGGGAUGCAGAACAUGUACAUCGGAGACGGUGAGCCCAAAGUAUUCAUCAGUUAUCAGUGGGACAUGCAAGCUAAGGUAGAGGACAUCAAACGAGUUCUUGAAGCCAAUGGAUUGAACUGCUGGGCUGAUAUCAAUAUGGCGCCGCAACCAAACCGUACACACAGCAGUAAGAGUGGUCGGAGCAGUACGGCAGCACAUGACGGCAGUAGCGAUACCCUGCAGUCACUGAUACAACGUAACAUGAAAUCUUCCUCCGUGGUGCUUACUUGUAUCACGCCAAAAUAUUUGCAAAGUGAUAACUGUAAAAAAGACUUAAUGCUUGCAGAGACUUUCAAUAAGCCUAUAAUACCCGUGUUAUUGCGGUUCUCUCCUAUAGAGAGUGCUCCAGAUCAAAUCCGCAAGAUUCUGGCCAGACUGAGUUACAUAGACCUGAGCAAUGAGCGGCUGUAUAAGCAGAAUAUUGCCGUAGUCGUGGAGAAAAUUAAUAAACAUGUGAUCCAAAGGCAAUAACAUCAUCCUUGAAUUCUUGUAUACGGUGUGAAUUUAAGCUUCGGUGGAAACGGUUGGUCGCACUUGAUAAUGUUCCACAUUUGUUUGUUUUGUCAAAACGAAAUACAGUUUAAGUCUUAUUUAAAUGGUAGAGGCUUGUUAAGAGCCUAGGAUCCCAUCUUUGCAUUUUUGCUGGUAUUGGUGGACAUCUUGAUAGAACCAUCGACCUCUCUCAGCCCAGACGGAUGGCUUCCUCACAUGGCGUCAUGAACAGCGCUUGAACCGACAGAGAUGAGGAGCAAAGCAUCUACAGGUUUAAAGAACGAGUAAAUAAGCUGUUCUGAAUGAAUCAUUCAUUUAUAAAAUCAUUCAUCUUUCGAGCGCAAUCUUUUCAAAUCUGCAUACAGUCUGGCUACUGGUUCCCAACCAGUAAACAAAGAAUCAUAUUCCGUUGUAUUUUUUUUUUCACGACGGGCCGACAUGUCUUUCGGCAUGCCAUGUAGUUUACAGGACUUGGUUCAUUUGCAGAAGUACUUCUUAUAUCGUAAGCAUUUGAGUUGUAUUACAACUCUAUCCAUUUCGAAAAACCACCCUUUUGACUGUUUGAAAGGUAUAGUUUGCUGGGGAAGUGUGCUUUUCAUAAAUCUGUCUGCGUAAUUUUUGGAAGGUGAUGUCUAUGUAACCACACAGAAUUUAACCAGGAAUAGACUGUUUCGUAUCUAUCCGCUGUACAAUGUAGUUCAAUGCGGAAUAACUUACAACCUUUGACGUCAUUAUCGUUACAGACCGGAAAAUUUGGCCUACUCUAUCACCACCUUUGAGACAGCCGUGGACUUGAUCACAGACUUACAAGUACUCAUGCCCAGUAAAAAUAGUUCAACAUACUUUGAAUAUAUACCAAUGGCGCAGUAAUUUACUACGAAAUAACUAUCGGCUGCAUGCAUUUACUUAACAUCUUUUUACUUUACAGGAUCUUUAUAUACAAUGUAUCACUAAAUCGCUGUAUCAUAUUGAUGAUAUGGUCCUAUAUGUAUUGGGUUUCCUACUAUCAAAGCGCUAUUAGGGCUUGUGCCAGUUUUGGAAGGAAUUGUUCUCAUACACGUACUAGCAUAAACCACCUUCCGUCAGUACUGUAAUAUCAGUACUUUGAUUGUAUAAUGUAAUAAUGAUGUUGCUACUUUUCGGUGCUCUUUUUGUGUUCUCCCUGUCUACUUAAAUGUUUAUAUAUACAUGUAUAGUCUGUAUGUACAAAUGCAACAUGCAAUGUCCAGGUUUGUAUAGGGUUGAUUUGUUAUAAAUGUUUGUCAUUAAAAUAUGCUUUAUUUUUAUGAUUUAGUAAGAAAAGUUACAAUUACUUAUAGCAUAUACGAAAUUAUGGAUUGUCCUUCUUUUACAGUCUGACUAGAAUACAAAUUCCUCCAUUCUAAAAUAUCAAACCCUUCUUAUAUAUUUUAAAAACAUUUUAUAACGUUCAAAUUUAAUUCUUUGCUAUUUAUAUUUGUAUUUAUUUAUUUAUUGGCCUGCAUCAUUCCAUGAGCUGAUAAUUGCCACUUUUGAUGCAUAAUGUACGAAUGUUUGUGACUGAAGCAACUUGUAUAUUCCAGUUUUGUCAGGAAAAAUAAUGUUGUCCAUCGACCUCAUGUAAACACUGAAUCUGGACUUACACAGUAUAUUUUCAGUCAUCAUCAGGGUUGCCACUUACCUCGAAAAGUCAGGGGAAAAUGAUUUCUUUUUCAAGGUCAUUGAAUUGUCAGAGAAAUCUUCAUAAUGGUCAGUGAAAAAUGAAAUUUUAGAAAAGUCAGGGAAAAGUCAGGGAAAAAUGAAAUUAUGGGUCGAUGUUUAAAAUGUCCAGUGGCCCUGGCAGUCUUCAAGCAGUAUUUAUAAGUAUUUCCAAACACAUUUUGGUGUAAUUGUGUAUAUUCAAUUAUUGUCACUGAAUAAUAUUAUCAUUAUAAUGUUUACACUCAUAUAAUUUUGGUAUUUGUUAAUGGUGGAUUGGACGGAUGUAGGGGAAGAGAAGGCCGAAAAAAAAUCUGGUGGUAUUGGUCAGUGAAAAGUAUGGUUUAGUCAGGGAAAAGUCAACCCUGUUCAUAUGUACGCAUGUUUAUGACUGAAACAUCUUGUAUAUUCCUCUUUUGUCGGAAAUUUUUCCCCCAUCAACCUAAUAUAAAUACUGAGUCUAGACUUGCACAGUAUAAUUUCAGAAUGAAUGUGUACGCAUGCUUGUGACUGAAGCAUGUUGUAUAUUCCACUUCUGUCGGAAAAAAGUUUUCACAUCAAAUUGUUAUAAAUGCUGAGUCUAGACUCGCACAGUAUACUUUCAGUUUCCAUGUUUUCGGACAUGUAUGAUAAAUCAACCAUUGCUAAUAAGCAGAGCAAAACCAAGCUCAAAUUAUACAUGCCUAUUUUAUGACCUUUUCUUCAAUAAAAUUAUCAUGUUAUGUUGAUUGUGUGAAAAUAAAAAACAACACAAUAAUCUA